AUGCUAGAAGAUCUUGGACCAGAUGAUAACCUAAGUAGUGGCAGAUUUGGAACUGUGUGCUUAAAAAAAUUUAGAUCCACACCAGUUGCAGUCAAGUAUUUAGAGUCAUCUAGUGUUAAGGAAGUUCAAAGGGAAGCUUCAUUUUUGGACAAAUGUUGUCACAUAAAUCUCCCCAUUAUAUUUGGGGUAAACACAAUGCAGAAGCCUUAUUUCAUAGUCGCAGAAUUUUAUGGUAAUGGAUCGUUUAAGGCCUUGACACUAAGAGAACUUUUACAUAAGGAUGAAGAACAUAUUAAAUCUUAUGUAAAUGGUCCAGAGUAUUGGCUUCAUUUAAGUUUCCAGAUUACUGAUAGUAUUUGCUAUUUACAUACUAUGGGAGUGCUCCACAAUGAUAUAAAACUGACAACAUUGUUGUUUCUGUAUCACCUGUAAAUGUUAUCACACCUAUCUUAAUAGAUUUUAGUAAGGCCACACUGAUAAGUGAAGGGAAGAUUAAAGUUCUUACUGCUGCGGAGAAGGAUCGCUACCGCAAAGAGCACAUGCAAAUUGCCCCUGAACUCAUUGAGGGAACUCAUCCCCAAUCUGUUAAGAGUGACAUAUAUUCUCUGGGAAUUGUUUUUGCCAGUAUAUAUAAAUUUACUAAAUACAAACCCAUAAAAGAAUUAGCAAAAAAAAGUUUAAUGCCCUUUCAAACCAGAUGUACAUCAUCAGAGAUUUUAGCAAUUCUAAUGGAUCUUAUGAAAGUCUGAUUUACUUUUUUAGAUGACUUCAAUCUGAUUUGUUUGAAUUUGUUUCCAUCUUACUUGGAGUAAUGUUUUAUGCCAUUAUACAUAUCAGCCAUUGAUAAGGUGUUCAGGUGUCAUUGAAAUGAUAUAAUUGUUUUGCUUCAAGAUGUCAUGUUUGUUAAAUAAAAAGUCUAUUUUGAUCCAUUCCUUUCUGUCUUUAGGGACAUCCAUUAUCUACAGCUAUAUUUUACUAUUCAUACAGAAAGAGGCUGGAAUUUGAUAACAAAGUUAGCAGUCCCUGCCCUGAUGACAAUAUAGUGCUAAAUGCAAAAUGCUUUGGCCAAGAGUGUUAA